AUGGUACCGGCACUCUCCAGAUCGCCGAGCCCCUCCUUCUCCGUUAUGCGCCCGACGACCCGAAGCCUCCCUACAUCCAUCGCUCAACAGAUGAACCAAGCUUCCAGGAAUGCCAGCGCAGAAGUAUCAGCAGGCCGUUCGUCUGGAUAUGGGCAACCUGGUCUCCAUACAGACCGGAGAGUAGGCCUCCCUCCACAGGGCCCGAGCCGGAUUCCAGGGACCUAUGUUAGUGCUGCUGAGGCCCGGGCUCCUGCCAGGACUCCUGCUCAUAGUUCCCGCCACUUCAUGUCUGCUAGUAUCCGAGGGCAGGCUCAUCUUCUCGAGGGGAUAGCAGCAAUAGAUGCUUGCAAAGGGACCGUAGCGCCUGUCAACGCAGCUGGCUCCUCUAACCGAACUGGCAACGCAACAGGUGCUAAGCCCCGCACUAGAAUCAAGUGGAAACUCAACAAAAGAAACUUCCGCAGGCUCUUAAAAAAAAGUUUCUACCGCAGGGAAAAACUUGAAUCUGCCCGAUGGACGAUCAAAGGGUAUAUGGAGGAGGACAUCCAGUCGGCCGCUAGGAUCCUGGAUCUAGAGGCGAGCAAUCGGAAUCUGAAGGCGCGCAAUCGGGAUCUAGAGGCCACCGUGGAUGAUAUAAACGAUGAAUGCCAGGCAUAUCAGGACAAGCUUACGAAUUUGGAGAACAUGCACCAACUGGAUGCAGAGGAGCUGCGACACAAAGAUCAUCAAAUUUUGAUGUUGUUUGACAGGUUGACAGGGAGGGAUUCAUAG